GUGACGGAUGUAGCCACGAGCCCGACGAACGGCUUGUUCGAAAAUACAACAAGGAAGUGACCGUUUAUUGUAAAGGAAAAUAACCACCGGAUAAUAAACGCUCUCCUCACGUCGGGGGUCGCCUUGCUCGGUUGUUGGGUGUCGGGGGGGUAAAGUCACCGUGGACUUGCCCGAGGUUUCAGGUCGUCUCCAGGGAUUCUGGUUGUAGCCAGCAAGCUAGCUAGCGAUGAACACGGACGUGGAAUUUCACAUCAGGCAGAAUUAUCCUUGGACCAAGCUUCCUGCUAAUGUCAAACAGUGUUUGGGGAACUCUCAGCGAGAGUAUGAGAAGCAUGUGCUGCUCUACAGCAUCCGCAACCAGCUGCGAUUCCGCAAUAACCUAGUGCGCCACGUGAGGAAGGAUGAGCGCAAGUAUUAUGAGGAGCUCCUGAAGUACAGCCGUGACCACCUGAUGCUGUACCCCUACCACCUGUCUGACAUCAUGGUGAAAGGGCUGCGCAUCACUCCGUUCUCAUAUUACAUAGGAAUCAUGGAGGAUAUUAUGAACAGUGAGAAGAGUUACGACUCCUUGCCCAACUUCACUGCUGCUGACUGUCUGCGGCUGCUUGGCAUCGGGAGAAAUCAGUACAUUGACCUAAUGAACCAGUGCAGGUCGUCCAAAAAAUUCUUUCGCAGGAAAUCAGCGCGAGACCUGCUCCCAUCCAAACCAGUGGAGAUCUCUGUGGAGCCGUGGUGGACGGCGCAGACCGGCUACAUCACCGAGGACGAUAUCAGGAUCUGUUCCACAGCAGAGAAGAAAGCCAUUGAUAAGAUGAUAGACACUGGAGCUCAGCUGGCUGGAACAAUGGAGUACAAUGUGGUGUUAAGCUUGUACAACCGGGGCUUCAUAUACGUGGAUGUUCCCAUAUCUGAUGACAGCUGCAUCUCAGUUCCCCCGCUGGAAGGCUUUGUCAUGAACCGCGUCCAAGGCGAUUACUUUGAAACACUUCUCUACAAAAUCUUUGUGUCCAUUGAUGAGCAGACGAACGUAGCGGAGCUGGCAAAUGUGUUGGAGAUUGACUUGGACUUGGUGAAGAAUGCAGUUUCCAUGUACUGCCGCCUCGGCUUCGCUGUGAAGAAAGGUCAUGUGAUCAGCGCAGAACAGCUCCACCCCUCCUGGAAGAGCGCUCCGUCCUCCAACAGAUUCAAGAGCACCGUGGACCCUCAGAAGAUGCUGCUGUCCUGGGACCAGGGCAGUCCUGUGAUGGAGGGGGGCUCCUCAGCCACCGACACCGACACCACCAGCCUGGAAGAAGCAGAAACAGGAAGCGUUAGCAGCUUAAUCAUCCCAGCUGCUCCCACCAAGAGGAUCGCCUUCCUGUUUGACUCCACUCUCACUGCCUUCCUCAUGAUGGGCAACCUGUCUCCGAACCUGAAGAGUCAUGCAGUGACCAUGUUCGAGGUGGGAAAGCUGUCCGAUGAGACUCUGGACAGCUUCCUGGCUGAGUUGGAGAAGGUGGAGAGCACAGCAGAGGGCGAGGCUCAGCGUUACUUUGACCACGCUCUCACCCUGAAGAACACCAUCCUUUUCCUGCGCUACAACAAAGAACUCACUCAGGACCAGGGACCAGAUAUCCCUAAUAUAGGUUUCCCCUUGGACAUGUUGCGCUGUGAGAGCCUGCUGGGUCUGGACCAGGCCACCUGCAGCCGGGUCCUCAACAAGAACUACAAGCUGCUGGUCUCCAUGGCGCCGCUCAGCAACGAGAUCAGACCCAUCAGCAGCUGCACGCCUCAGCAUAUUGGCCCAGCUAUCCCUGAGGUGAGCUCCAUCUGGUUCAAGUUAUACCUGUAUCAUGUGACCGGCCAGGGCCCGCCCUCUCUGCUGCUCUCCAAAGGCUCCAGACUCCGCAAACUGCCAGACAUUUUCCAGACCUACGACAGGUUGUUGAUCACCUCCUGGGGUCACGACCCCGGAGUCGUGCCAACAUCCAACGUGCUGACCACCAUGCUCAAUGACGCGCUCACACACUCUGUGUCCCUCCCUCAGGGUCACGGUAUGCACGGCCACGGAGAAACCGUUCACAUCCCGUUCCCCUUUGAUGCAGACGAUCUGGAAGGAGACUUCUCCCACUCCAACAUGUGUGUGCACAAGGCGCUGCAGAAGCUGAAGGAGAACGUGGACCUGGAGCACCAGUGUGGCUACAUCACCAUGCUCAACGCCAACAACCGGCACCGACGCAGACCCAGCGAAGGCAAUGAGUGCAGAGGGGAAACUCAUCUGGGGGGGGGCCUGGACAACAAUGGCAGUACUGAGUCAUUUGAGCUUGUGACAGAAGAAAACAAUGGGGAAACCAAAGCAGCAAAGACAGACAGCCUUUCCUCUGAAGAUGAGUGGGUUCCUCUUGAGCUGUGCUUCGGCAUGCCCCUUUUCAGCUCCGAGCUAAACCGCAAAGUGUGUCGAAAAAUCGCCUCGCACAGACUGUGCAGCAGCGAAAGCCUUCAAGAGCUCCUUUACUCGAGCCGAAAGCUAUCGCUGAAGGUGUUGAACUUCGUUCAGUCAUUCCAGGACAGCAUCCAGCCCUCUGACAUGGACAGCGGCGUGUCGAACCCUCUCAGUCAACCCCCGGCCGAGUCCGGCGUCCCCCUGCCCGCCCUCAACCUCAUCUUCAAGGACGGGCAGCUGAAGGAGUGGAGCGGGCGGGCCCCUCCUCCUCUCGACAUCUCCGCUCUGCAGAAGGACCAAUCCACAUAAACCCACCUCCCCAAAAAACAGAUUUGGCCAUAAGGAAAAACAUCCUCAUCAAAAAGGCCCCUCCUCUCACUGAGGGAAAUUGUAAAUCGAGGUCCAGCCCUGCAUCGUGUCCAUCAGUCUUGGGAAAAUUAGCCCCGCCAGCACUUCAUCACCUACUGUAUGAGGAAUCUCCUUCUGACAGUGUUGCCCCCCCCUCACUGUUCCCCUCUGUGAUUCCUCAUAUUCGUAGCAACGCAGUGUUAUCUGUUGGGAGUGGUGCUAUUAUCACAGUAUAUAAGUGAUGCAGGUAAACCUUACCUGGAAGAUCAUUUACCUGGAAACACACACGCUGUUCUCCACUGACUAUCCCCCCCCUCCCCACCCCACUCUUCUUCAAUCUAUGGGUGUUCUGUGAGAGCGAAGUGGUUAUUAAUUGUAUAGAUGUUAUUGAAAUGACCCACAAAAUAUAUGAUGAAGUGUGACAUCGGCAGGACUCAUUUGACAAUAUGCAUAUUCCAGGACCAACUUUCAGGACGGAUGGAGUCCAGGUUCAGCCCCCCUGUGUUGUCUCACGUUACGUGAUCUGAUGCAUGAUACUGUUGCACAACUCAUGAAAAAUACUUUACUUGUAAUCAAUGUCGGGGGCAUUUAUUAUUUGCACUGUGCAGGAUUUCUUCAAACCUGUGGAUGAAGUAAUGUCAUGUAAUUCUUUUUAAACGUUGGAUUCCUUGUAUUGCGUACCUGGUUUUAGACGUUAACCACAAGACAGGUUUUCCUCUUGGAAUUUAACUGGGCAUCAGAGAAACUGCAGUUUUUUUAUUCUUUGUCAUCAUUAUUCUUCAGUACAAGAAACACCAAAGACCCUUUUCUGUUCCUGUAUUAUAAGUUUUACUUUCUUUCCUUUAUUUUGUCAGCCAAUCAAAAAUGACAAGGUCUAUAGGUUUGAUUAGCUUACUUUUGCCUUUUUUAAGUGAUUUAUGCACAUUUGAACAAGUGUCUACAACCAAUACAAUCAUCAAUAUUGAGCCAUAAACUACCAACAUCGCCCUGUUGAAGAAUUUGAGAAAAUUAACUAAGUUGACCUGAUUGCAUGGAUUGUUAACAGUCAGGUUUGUGUUUGACCCCGGCCUGCCGCAGCCAGUAUUUCCCCCUGGAUCGACUCCAGUUAGUGAGCAGUGCACUCUCCAAGGGUUUCUGUUUACACCGUGUUGAAAAAUGGGGUUUGUAGUCCAGAGAGGAGAAGGCAACUUCGCUGUGAAGGCUGUCACAGACCCAUGGGAUGGAAAUGCUAAUGCUCUGCCCGGUGUUUCAGAGAUGUUUUGGCCCAAGAGUCAGAAGUGUUUCUUGAGUUUUCAGUGUGGCUCGAAGAAUAUAGAUCUCCUUUUAUUGCAUUUAGAAUGCUAAUCCACUUUGUUGAACAUUUUUCUUGCAUUUCUUUUUUUUUUUAAAGGAAUCUGUCUCCUGCAGUUUUUGACCCCACUUGUGGUUGUUAUUUCUAAUAAUAUGAUGCCGAAAUAGAAAAAAAAGGACUAACAUGAGGUCCGGUUGAAGCAUGAUGACUGUGUAGAAACUGUUGUGUGUAAGUUGUGUAUGCGUGUGUUGUACACCUUACUCUUGGUGUGUUUUUCAUACACGCCUACCUUUCACAGGUCAAGUUGCAGUGCUCGGUCAUCCUAGAUAUCCCCCAUCCUCCACUACAGUGUUUAAACAAAAUGCUAGUUUUAUAUGUCAGCCUAUAUUUUAGGAAAUCUUUGUUGUAGCUUGUUUGAUGGGACUGUGAAUAUCAUUGAGUGAGUUCAUAAUGCUCUUGUAAUUAAAUGGGAUU